GCAGUACAUGGUAACUCUGUCACCUUCUGGCCAUCCCAAUAAUGAAAACAGAAGCUAAGGAUGGAGAAGAGGAAAGCCUGCAGACAGCAUUCAAAAAGCUAAGAGUUGACACAGCUGGAUCUACUGCUUCUCUCUCUGUGGGUGAAGGGCCAAGUCCAAGAGCACUAAUUAGAACAGUGGCGGAUGAAACCAAACCUAAGAAUGCGUGUACUCCUAAGGAAACCUGGCAUGGGUCAAUGAAGAAGCCUUCAAGAGCAGUUGUGAGAACCCAGCGUCGCAGGCGUUCCAAGUCUCCAAUUCUUCAUCCUCCAAAGUUUAUCCAUUGCAGCACAAAACCACAUUCCACGUGCAACCAGCUAGUGCACAAGAGCCAGAUUGAUGCCCAGGACAACAGCAGUGGGCUUGGGAUGCCAGUGCCAAAGGAAGCUUGUGCACACGAACGAUGCAGCAUUGCUCCUGACGUUGGCCAGAAGGGAGCUAAUGUGGAGUCUUUGGAAGCUUCUGUUACACAGUCAGCAUCAGAGAACAGACAGGAGAACUCUCCAGCUGCCGUUUCUCUAGUAUCCGAAGCAAGCCUAAAGACUACGGAGCUUUCUGACUUUCAAUCUAUGUCCAAGCUGAACACGAGUAAGCCAUGUGCAUGUGCAGAUAAAGCCUGUCAGUGUAAACGAUGGCAAAAUAUGGAAGUGUACAAAUUCUCUGGCUUGCAGAACACCCUCCCAUUGGCACCUGACAGAAGAACAGUUUCUGAGGAUCACUCCCAGUCUUUGCCAUCAAGAACUCCAUCAAGUUCUCCACGCUCUUGCUCUGAGCAAGCCAGGGCCUUUGUGGAUGAUGUGACUAUUGAAGAUCUUUCGGGAUACAUGGAAUACUACUUGUAUAUUCCAAAGAAAAUGUCUCACAUGGCAGAAAUGAUGUACACCUAACAGCAAUGAGCACUAGAAACAGAAGGGUGGGUGGUUUAAAUCUGCCCUUCCGUCACACUCACGUGAGAUGCAACCCACUUGCUGCUUACUCUGCUUGCAAUAAAAACACUUCUUUGC